CAGGUCUCGGGCCCUCAGGCGGAGCAACAGGUCUCGGGCCCCCAGACGAAGCGGCGGGCACCGAGUCGUCUGGCAAGGCUGCGGGCACCGAGUCGUCUGGCAAGGCUGCGGGCACCGAGUCGUCUGGCAAGGCUGCGGGCACCGAGUCACCAAGCUGCGGCACCGAGUCGUCUGGCAAGGCUGCGGGCACCGAGUCGUCUGGCAAGGCUGCGGGCACCGAGUCGUCUGGCAAGGCUGCGGGCACCGAGUCGUCUGGCAAGGCUGCGGGCACCGAGUCGUCUGGCAAGGCUGCGGGCACCGAGUCGUCUGGCAAGGCUGCGGGCACCGAGUCGUCUGGCAAGGCUGCGGGCACCGAGUCGUCUGGCAAGGCUGCGGGCACCGAGUCGUCUGGCAAGGCUGCGGGCACCGAGUCGACUGGCGGAACAGCGGGCACCAAGUCGUCUGGCAAGACAGUGGGCUCCGAGUCAACAGGCACGACAGUGGGCACCGGGUCAUCAGGUAUCGGAUUGUCUGGCUCGACAGCGGGCAUCGGGUCACCAGGCAUCAUCAGGUCAUCUGGCUUGCCAGCGGGCACCGCGUCAUCUGGCAAGGCAGUGGGCACCGGGUCACCAGGUA